AUGCUCGCCCAAAGACUGGGCAACAUAUUCACGGCGCCACUUGCGUCGAGGCCAGAUAAUCCCGAUACCAAGAACAACGGCGCAGCCGCCAUUUGCGACCGAGAAGGCAAAAAGGGUGGGGCGGAAGGCGGGUCCGAUUGCAAAAACGAAAUUGCAGGGGGCAGCGACGAGUGCAAGAUAGAGGAGAUGGACGGAGGGAAAGAUGGGGAGAAGUGA